AUGAAAGCGCUUUCCAUCCCAAAGCUUGAACUGCAGGCCGCAUUACUCGCUACCCGCUUGAAGGAAGAUGUCCUCAAAGUUCUAACCAUUCCUGUGUCAAGCACGUUCAUGUGGACUGACAGCACCACUGUGCUCCAGUGGUUAAACUCAGGUAGUAAGCAACCCACGUUCGUGGCAAACCGGAUUGGAGAGAUUCUGGAAAAAACUACCGUAGACCAGUGGUUUCACGUCUUAAGUGGAGACAACCCUGCUGAUACGGGAACCAGAGGAAUCUCAGCGGAGUCCUUAAAAACAAGCAGCUGGGUGAACGGGCCAAGUCUGCUAAAAAGUGGCGAAGAUUACGUGGAAAUAGAGGUUGGAGGCGUUACCAAUGGGCCUUACUGUGGCGCUACCAACCCCUUCCCCGCCGGAGCCGGAUUCAAUGGGGGGCCAGGAGCAGCCGUGGUCAGGUUCAGAUCAGACCUCAAUGCCUACGCCGAUGGUAUCACUAUAGUUGCCGAAGAUUGCGCAAUUGCCGAAGUGCAGCUGUCAGGCGGCUCGUACCGAGUGCCCGAGAACUCAGUCGCUGGCACAGACUUAACAACUACCCAGGGUCUGACAAUCCUCAACACUGGCGCCUCUUUCGCCUCCCCCAAGUGGGCAAUAGUAUCCCCUACGGGGGGACACCCGUUCGCCAUGGACAAUGUGGACGCUGCGAUUGGCACUCUGGAAGUGGCGGCUCCGGCUGCGUCCAUUGCACUUUUGGACUACGAAUUGCAGAGUGUGUGGUACUUGACAGUGGGAGUGUUCACCACCUACACCCCCUACAAUGCAUAUGCUCUGGUGACAGUGUAUGUGGCAGAUGUGGAUGAGCCCCCCUCAUUCUUUCCCAUGCCCACCGCCAUCACAAUCGACGAAAACUUACCCAUUGGCUCAACCAUCUUCGCCCUGCGAGCCAGUGACCCGGAUGUGGCAGACCAAGGCCAGACAAACCUGCAGUUCUCAUUCACAGCUGCCAACGCCAACUUCGGAGUCACAGAGGACGGAUAUGUCUACACUAAGACCGCACUGGACUACGAAACAACCACUGCUUAUCCAGCUAUCACUUGCAAAGUGUGCGACUUAGAUGACACUACUAAUCUGUGUGACGCAUCCUUCUCGCUGACUAUCAAUGUGGCCAAUGUUAAUGACAACCCCCCUGUGCUGGGGGCCACAGCCUACACCUCGACAGUCGGGAUCAACGCAAAUCCAGGCGCCAUGUUGACUCUGACGCCGGCGCUGGUUGCCACAGACCAGGACACGGACGGCACAAUCACAGACACUACUCUCUUCCGAAUUGUUGGAGGGUCGGACCUGUUCGCCAUUGACCCGGACGGCACUGUGCGGACGACACGGAAGAUCAAAGAUGUAGAGGAAUCGACGACAGUUGUGGUGGAGAUCAUAGCCAGUGAUUCCUGGCUCAAUUUCCCAGACACGGCUGACGAUUUCGCAACACUAACAAUAUCCAUCGGAGCUGGGUCGUUCUACUCGCCCGUGUGCACCCAUUCUUCGCGCUCUCUCGUCUUCGAAGAGUACAGUCUGAUAGCCCAAGGCCACAUUGCAGAUAUCAUUGCUCUGUUCGGCUGCUUCGACCUAGAUGACGACGCUCUCACUGUCACGCUGACCUCAUCAGACUUCGGCAUGUUCGGAAUACAACACGGCCAGGACCUACAGUUCAAGAACAUGAGCAUAUUUUGGAACUUUGAGGCGACCAAGAGUGCUCUGUUGACAUUCGACGUCUCAGACGGGACAUGCACAGUAGGAACUGACUGUCCUCAACUGUCACUAUGGGUCAUCCGAGUGAAGUAA